AAUUUUUAUUUUGUUAUUUUGUAAACUUUUGUUGUUACUUUGCAUUUUCGUAAAAAGUAUUAACACUAUGAAUGUAAAAAGUUUUAGAUAGACAUAUAAAAUGAUAGAAUAUUUUAAAUCAUAUUAUUUACAUAAACCAUUAAAGUAAUGACGAGAAAUCCAGACAUACUAUUUAUAACUGAAUAUAUCAAGAACGUGCUUUAUUUUGCCACAGUAAGACAGGGAAGGCAUCUCAAAAGCACCGCUGAUACGCAUUAUUUCUGCAUCGACAAUCAGUUGAUUUACGAAAAUUAUUAUUCAGACUUUGGUCCUUUAAAUAUAGGAUGUGUUUACAAAUACUGCAAGCUUCUUAAUGAUAAAAUAAAAGAAUUCCUGAAUAAACAAGUCAUUGUUCAUUAUGCUUCUAUUGAUCCCAAGAAAAAAGCGAAUGCUGCAUUUUUAAUUGGAUGUUAUGGUGUUUUAUACUUGAGUCUUACUCCAAAAGACGCUUUAAAACCACUUGUGAUUCAUGGGCAAAAUUACAGGCCGUUUCAAGAUGCUACACAAGGUGAUUCAUGUUACACAAUAUCGCUGAUAGAUUGUCUUCAAGCAUUACUGAGAGCACGGAACUUAGGCUUUUUCAAUUUCCAAGACUUUAACUAUGAAGAGUAUGACAGAUUGGAUAAAAUACAAGGGGGAGAUCUUAACUGGCUGAUACCUGGUAAAUAUCUCGCGUUUAUUGGACCAGUGGAUUAUAGUGUAUCAUUGUAUCACCCACCUGAAAUGUAUGUUAGUUAUUUUUUAGAAAAUAACGUGAGAAUUGUCAUACGUUUGAAUAAAAAACUUUAUGAUGGAAAUGUUUUUAGCAGUGUCGGCAUAACUCACUACGAUUUAUUCUUUCCCGAUGGAACAUGUCCUCCACGCCAUAUUUUAUUAAAAUUUUUACAAAUCAGUGAGGAAUCUUAUGAUGCUAUAGCGGUGCAUUGCAAGGCAGGUCUGGGUCGCACUGGCUCUUUGAUUGGAUGCUAUCUUAUAAAGCACUAUCGAAUGACAGCCCGUGAAGCAAUCGCAUGGAUGAGAAUUUGUCGUCCCGGAUCGGUUAUAGGCCAUCAACAAGAUUGGCUAGAACAACUCGAACCGUGGCUGUUAAAACAAGGAAAUUCAUAUAGAAAGCGUAUGUAUGAUGAUAUAAAUAAACUUCCGACACACGAAUAUGGCAUCUACUCAAUUGUUGAGAAAAUUCAUAGACAAAAGCCGGUUGUGUUUAAUAAGUCACCAUCACCUCCACCACCAAUACAAAGAUCAGCCGCUCAAUCAGACUCUUCUUCUACCACAAGACCUCAUGCAUCUAAAACCAGGGAUGUUGCUAAUAAAACGCCCGAGAAGAAAUUUGACUGGAACGUGAAAGUAAAUACCCAAAAAGUAACACAAAAAGGAGACACCGCUGGGUCAAGAAUACGUCGUGGCAGUGGUGCAGGGGAGCCGCGCGGUUCACGUCCUUUAACCCGCGCCAACACUCCCAAAUUUCAAGAAAAAACAAGCACCAAGACUAUUGAUUCUAAUAAAAACACUACUACAUACAGUCCCUUGCCUACAUUCCGGACAUCAGAAGGUCCAAUAUUUAAAAAUGUGUCUGAUGCUAAGAACUUUUUAAUGCGAAGCAGCCUGUUUAACGAUCAGAAAAGCAAACAUUUGGCGUCUACGUUAACAGUUACACCACAAUAUUCGUAUAAAUUUUCUAAAUUAGAAAACGAGAAGUUGGGCUUUAGCCAUUUAAGGAAACCUUCGCCAACACCUAAUGCAACCAAGGUUUCAACUCCGUUUAGAAGGCAACUUGGUCGCAGCCCUAGCCCAUCACCAACUCGACAUGCAACUGAACAAUCACGAGCCACCAACACUCCAACCCCAUCUACGACCGACAGGUUUAUGGCUAGAGAUUCAAAAGUCGCAUUGCGAGAAGCUUUAUCAAGAUUGAAAUUGGCUGGUCCCAGAGAUGGAUCAAUUGGAGCGGCAUCAUUGGGUGCGAGACGAGACGCGCCACCUGCUAGGCGAGCGCCAUCAGUUCGCUCAGAUGAAAGGCCAACCGCUACACAAGGAGAUAUGUUGAACUGUAUUAAAUUCCAGAGAAGAUUUCGUGAAAUGGAUAAAACGACCAUUCUCGAUAAACCAAGUUUGACACCAAAAGAGGCAAGUAUACGAGUCGUCAACUCUAGAGCGAGUACAAUGGCCACUAGAGGACAUACACAAGAUUUGGGGAGAUCACCCGAUCGUCAAACUGCAACUAGAAAUUCUUCAAAUCCACGCCCCUCUUCUCCAAAAGGCCGAAGGACGCAAAACACAUACUUUGACAGUCGAAAAAAUAUUUAAUUUUCGUUUAAUUUUUAAAUU